UUCGCCUUUGGUGAACAAGCUCCUUUCUCCUCGCAUUUCCAGCUCCGUUCCCUCCAUAGCCUAGUCAGCAAGCAUAGCAUUCUGCCAUCGCCAUUGCCGAUUGCUCCAUCAAUGGCGGCUCCCGCUCUCUGCUUCGUCUUAUGCAUGCUCCUGCUCUGUCACGGUUCGACGCAGGCCGGGAAGACCGUGCCCGGCGUGACGGUGGCCGCCGGCGCCAAGGACGGAUCGAUGGGCACGGAGAGGUUCAUGGGUCCUGCUGUGGACGUCUCGAGUAAUUCGCGGCGCCGGCGGGAGCUCCUCGGGGGAACCAGGGAGACAACAACGCGUGACGUGUUCGCGCCGGUGACGAACCCAGUGACGGUGCCGGCAACGAACCCGGCGUCCUCGGGCGGCAUCGUCACGGUGCCGGCGACCAACCCGGGCACGGGCACCGGGUUCGCGACCAACCCCAACCUGCCGCCGCUCUACCCAGAGCCGUCGACGAUGCCGGCGCCGUUCUCGAACCCGGUCGCCGCGCCGACCAUGCCAGCGCCGUUCACCGCCCCGGUCACCAACCCAGCCACGACGCCGACGGCGACGCCCGGCACGUCGCCAAUCACCAACCCGGCCACGACAUACCCGGGCGGCAGUGCCGGUGCCGGCGUCGGCGUCGGGAGCGUGCCGACGACCCCGGUGUACCAGGCGCCGGCGACGACGGUGCAGCCGGCGGCGGGGGGGACGGGGCAGUCCACGUGGUGCGUGGCGAAGGCCGGAGUGACGGAGGCGGCGCUGCAGGACGGGCUGGACUUCGCGUGCGGCAUGGGCGGCGCCGACUGCUCGGCGCUGCAGCCCAUGGGCAGCUGCUACAACCCCAACACGAUCCAGGCGCACGCCUCCUACGCCUUCAACGCCUACUACCAGCGCAGCCCCUCGCCGGCCAGCUGCGACUUCGGCGGCGCCGGCAUGCUCGUCGCCACCAACCCAAGUUCAGGAGCUUGCAUGUACCAGACAUCAACAGGAUCAAGUUCCGGCGCCGUGACGGGCACCACCGCAGGGCCGGUGGGCGUGACGCCAAGCUUCGGGCCGGUGGGCACAACGACGGGGACAGGACCGGCGGUCGGCAGUGGAGUGUCGGGCUCGACGGUGCUGAACGCAAACACCUACCCCGGCGGGACCUCGAUGUACGGCCCAGGCAACCCGACCGGCUUCUCUGACUCCGGCAGCGGCGCCGCCUCCCUGAACUGCAGCUGGGUCCUGUCUCUGAUCUGGAUAUUCACCUUUGCUUAUGUCAAGAUGAAGGUUUAGCAUCCAUGUGCUGCUGAUGCUGCGGGCGUGUUCUUCUCUUGUUGAUAUGAUAUUCACUUGUGUACAGAGACGGAUAAAUGAAUUCUCUAUGAACUAUUGAGAGAGAAGACUAGAUAUUUAUGUGCUAGCGUGUGUGUGUGUAUUGGGCUGAGCUGAGCAGAAUGUUGCUUAGCUAUGAAAUGUGUGUUAGGUGAGCAUGGAGUUCAUUCUCGAUGAACUAUGAUACGAUAUCAGAUAAUCUUCUUGCUAGCUUCA